AUGUCAGAUGACAAAGAUGUGCUUCGAGAUGUGUGGUUUGGACGAAUACCAACCUGUUUCACUUUGUAUCAGGAUGAGAUAACUGAAAGGGAAGCUGAACCUUACUAUUUGCUUUUGCCAAGAAUAAGCUACUUGACACUGGUAACAGACAAAGUGAAGAAACACUUUCAGAAAGUUAUGAAACAAGAAGAAGUUAGUGAAAUAUGGUUUGAAUAUGAAGGUACACCACUGAAAUGGCAUUACCCAAUUGGUUUGCUCUUUGAUCUCCAUGCAUCAAAUACAGCCCUUCCUUGGAGCAUUACAGUGCAUUUCAAG